AUUCAUGUCACUUUCUCUCAGGUCUACGAGCUCUGAAGUUCUUGUGAUAGGUGGUCUGUACUCGUGUCGAUAUACGUCACUACGGAGAAGUCAUCUACAGGUAGUACUGACACGCGAAACGGUGUCUGCAUACCGCAUAUUUUUUGCAUUCUACCUCGUGACGUCUCUGAGCGCCACUUGCCCACACUGUUACCUCGACGCCCGUGUUAAAGUAGCACAUUACUUGUAGAUACAGUCCUAGUGGCACAAAAGAGAAAAGAAAAUAAUCUCGAACCCGUGGAAAAAUGUCACUUGUGUAGAACAAAAACUGGCAUUGCAAGAGACGAAAGAGAAGAAAUUGCUUCUAAUCUACUUAUGAGGUACAGGAAAAAAGAACUAGGUCCUGACAAUGAAUUCUAUGCGCUCCAGAGUCGCUUUUUGUGACGACUUUAAGCGUUGUCGGUCACGUCCCUGACGCUGACGGACACACGAAGAGCAAGCGGACAAAGAACGACAGCAAGGAGAUCAAGUUGUUGAAGCAAAGUUGUCGUGGAUCGAAAUACGACCACCAUACAUCAGACCGCUUGUCUGACAACUGUAGAUCAACGCAGUAUUGUUGGCCACUUCGUGACGACUGUCAAUGAGGAUGAACUAGAACACACUUAAACUACUUAUAAAUAUAUUCAGUUGAGAGCGCAGCCGCAGGUGCGACAGGUCUGCAGACGAGACGAACAACAAAUCCAAGAAGAUGUUGCCGCCUCCCCGUGCAGUUGUGUCCGGUUCCCUCCAAGACGUACAAGAAACGGCCUUACAACCACCUGCACACGCGUCGCCUCUGGUGUUUUCCCGGCUGCGGGCUUUGUCUCCGCAUGGUGCAAUGGUACUAGAGAAAGAUAUCUCAUAGUUUCUGUUUCUUGUACAGUGAAGAUAACUUUAAAAAGCAUUUCAUCCUUUUUGUCUGUUGGACACGCUUAACGAAGUACUCAGACUCGAUGAUGGUGCGGAUCAAGGGACGAAUGAAUGAGCCAACCCCAACAUUUACAACAAUCUUUCCUACACAUAGGACGUUCGGGGGAGCAGCUCUUUGAGCAAAAGAAGUGAGGUCAGAUCUGCCUCUGUGCAAACGCAAAGGGUUACGGACCAAGUUCUUAAGGAAGAAAUGUUGCAUCACUCUACUUUUCUUGUCGACGCUCAUUUUUCUUAUCAGGAAAUCAUCUGUGGACAAGAAGUACAGAAGUGCUACUUCUAGUAUGUUUAGUUGUACAAGUACUUAAGUACUACAUUCUAGUACAACAUACAUGCCUCUGUUAUAUAUUUCGGCGCCCAUGCUUGGUUGUGAAAGUGUCAAUGGAGGGCCACCACCGCGUGGUAUGGGUAUCUUCUAAGAACGUUCAUCAAGGCGUUGUGGGGAACCCUGGAGCACGACCUCGCGGCUUAUUGGCCUCUGCAGAUUGGUGCUCAUCUCGUGCCUUGAAAUCAGGCAGUGCGUUGACAAAUGAUCUCACUGCCCUAUUUUCAUCGACCACAGCAUCUUCUUCUUCAUCCCGAGGAAAUGGCAGUAGUAAAAAAGACAAGGAUCAUUCUACAAUUUGUACUAGAAGAAGUGGCGUUACUCCUGGUGCCAGUUCAUCUGCAGCAGCCACUGACAUAAGCGGAAAUUACAUACUAACGAAUCCGGCCUCCACCUCUAGGACCACCGCAGCAACUCACUUUUUGUCCUCGUCUAGGACUAGCGCAGCGUCACAAACAAGAAGCGGGAUAGUGACACCCUUCGGCGGCGGUCUUCGAACCCCAUUCCCCCUGUCUGCUACCACCGCGACCUCCUCCUGGAACAACCCUCUAAUAGCGAAGAACAACAACAAUUCCACGACCAGCAAUUCGACUAUAAUGAGUACUACCACUACACCCUGUCUAAUAUUCCAACCUCCUCGUCGCGCUCGCCUUGCUAGUAGUGCUUCGACCACAAAUGGAGGAGCUCCUGCUUAUGAAGAGAGUAAGAAUAACUCUUCUGUUGAAUCUGAGCAUAGAAGUUCAUCUGAAGGAGGGCUGACCCGGACAGGCGCUGGAUCCGUUCUGCUGCCGACAAGAAGUGAGACCCUAUCAUCAGUGGUGGAGGACGUCAUUACUUCUACGUCUAGCUCUUCUCGAGACCAGGCAGGAGGCGCCUUCCACGGGAGCGACUCGUUCCACGAUGGGAGCAGCGCACCCUACGAAAUACUAGAAGAUUCUGGCGUCCGCGCACAGGCUGUUGCUGUUAGAAAGACUGAAAACACCAGUAGAGGGGAGAACUACGAAGAACAUGAUCUACCUCAAGGUCAACAUCCAGUACGACAAGCUUCUAAAGAUAUGAUGAUCUUCAAGACGAAGCCGAAUUGCACUAGUACAACUAGUUCUACAGACCAAAAGAUGAGGACGAAACGAAAAUUGCACUACCAUGAUGACGAGGAGCCGCAUGGAGACCACGAGGACUCUUCAUCCGAACUGUUAGAUGAGGACGAAAAAUCCUCCUCUCACUCUUUUGAAGAUUCUUCCUCAUCUAAGAGUACAACGUAUAAUGAGCAAGCGACCGUUUCAACAAGUGGCUCGCCUGGAGAGGACUACUUUGGCGGUUCCUCGUCAGCCUCACGCUCUCCGACAGAAGAAGAAACUCUAGCAGGAGGAGUAGCAGUAAUGGGAGGGAUGGCAGUAAAAACAGUAGAAACUACACCAGUGACCACAGCUACAAAUAACCUUUCCGCGCCUUCCUCGUCGAAGGAUUUUCUGCCUGUACACAGUGAGCAGCAGAUGAGAAGAGGGCAGUCUCCGGAAGUCAGAUUUGGUCGAUUCACCAGAACAACGCCGCAUGGAACAGCGCAAGGAAUGUGUCCGGGCUCGGGGGGAACCUCCCAGCAAGGUCCUCCUGCGAUGCUGUUUUGUCCCCUGUCACGAACGACAAAGUUCUCAGCAGGAUCUCUUGUUUCAUCUGCGCAACAGCCUCUUGCUGCCACUACUGGUUUGUGCUCUGCUGGGGUCGUGCCACCUCUUCUGCAAACCUCCUCGAGUAGGCUAUCCACGCCGACUGCUGCGAGUCAGGCAGGAGGGGAGAGGCAACGUCUAUUCUUGCCAUCGAGUGACGCACAGAAAUUGCCAACGCCGAUCCUCUAUUCAACGUCCUGUGAAGCGGGUGCGCCUGCUUUGCUAACUCCCACUUCCUCUACAACGGACAUGAUAAAAAAGGGCACAGCGGACAUCAACGGUGGAAGCAGAUCUUCUUCUUCUUCUUCUUCUUCUUCUUCUUCUUCUUCUUCUGCUGUUGUUGACGAGCAAACAGCGCCUCCUGUUGUGGCAGGCGAUAGCAAACAUCUAACUGCAAGCCGGAGCUCUUUGGAGGAUGAUCUUGGAGCAGCAAAGAAGGAGAUCGAAACUUUGCGAGGGAAGUUGCGCAACGCCGCAAUUCUUGUUGGAGCGCGAAAGAAAACCGCAGAAGAUUUGAUGUUGAAAGCCCGCGCCUUUCGAAAACUCCAAUUCUACAGACUGUCAGAGGAACGCGGACGACUGGGAAUUGGAACAGGAUCGCAACAGGAGAAUCUUCGGCGAAGGCAUAAAAGGAACACUGCUUUUCAUCAACAUCCUAAAAAGAAUAUAAUGACCUCCUCGUCUCAGAAAUCCUCAAGAUCCAGUACACCCACAGCAGCUUCGGAAUUGCAGCAACGGGAGCAGGAGACAGGCAAAGCAAGUCGCUUUGUAGCAAAGGCAGGAAGUGGAUCCGCUCCUGUGAGCACAUCUUUUAAGGUUUCUCCUCUCUCGUAUUUUCCGGCUCUUCUCUCACGCUUAGACGAGGAGUCAUUAUAUCAAAUAUCAUUUCGAUUCUGGGAUUCGUAGAGGUGAAGAAAUAAGAGGUUGAGAAAGUUUUUCAGCUUAGAAUAGCUGUCGUCAAGUAGAAGAAGAAUAGGGUUUAGGGUAAUCGUCAAUGGGGACUACCACGACUCCGUCUUCCAUGUAUUUUUAUUUCCUUAUUGUUUCUAAUUUGCUUCAACGUGAAUGAUUUCCUACUUCUCCAAACUCCUUCUAUCAAUUGUCUGGGCUCUAAUUAUUCUCUCUCGAGCAGCAGUCGUGGAUCUCGAAGUCAGUCGCAAAAUAGUCAGAGCAAGGCAGCAUCCUCUACUCGACUUCUUAUGGAGACGAUUAGUGAAAAGCAGGCUUCGAGUUCGAAUGGAACCGCUUUUGCGGAAGCGGAGGAGGCAAUGGCAGCAUCACGGUCGAAGAUAGAUGGUUCCCGUCUCGAGACAGGUCGCCGCGUGUUUUUCAUGGAUGGCGCAAGGCUAUUGAUCGUGGACAAACCAACAUAAUCAUGAUGAAUAUUAGUGUAUUCUUGACGGCAGCUAUCCUUCUAGUACUUGUACUUGACUCUAAUUCUUCUCUCUCAACGUGAAUGAGUCGGAUGUGCGCAUGACCAUGACUAUGACAAGUGUGCGCAUGAUGUUUUGCAUAUUACACUUUUUGAUGAUGUUGAUGAUUACAACUUCUCGGGAAGGACCUCGAGUUUUUCCUCACUUACAUCACUUACAUCAAAUACCGGUAGCUUACUUUUUCAUCAAGGAGUAAAAAAAGAUAAAUAUGAUCAAGGACUAUCUACUGGAUUCUUUGGAAAAAUAGCAACGUCAUCACGAUGGAUCCAUGGGACAGCAUUUUGACCCAAUGGCCUAGACUCUGACUUUUCGAGGUAUGCCAUGUGAUAUCCAACACCAACACCUUACUGGUCAUGUUGACCAACAAGUGUAAGUACACACUUCAUCGCUACGAAGAGCCGGUGUCGUGUAGAAACGACGGGACGAAAAAUAGAU